CCAAUAAAAGCAGACCCAUUCAAGUUACUAUUACUAGUUUCGUGGCUGUGAAUCUGAAUGUGGCUAAUAGAAACUUAAUGUUCCCUUUUAGCUGGCCAGAUUAUUCAAGGCUCUCUCCCCUGGCGUCGCAAGCGAAAAGUCGCGACGUGCAAACUGGUGCUGAGACAAAUCGAUAUUUUCUUUAAUCAUUCCGGCGUCACCAAUUUCUCUUUUCACGAUCCCAUCCCACCCAGCCUCAUUACGAAUAUUUUACAAACACUGAACGAGAAAUCCAAUUUAAUCCAAGAAUUAUUACUAUCCCGCGAAAAAGAACACCUGCAUUCAUUAUCCAUCAUGGAUAGCAUCGAGUCCGACCAGACCCCUUUCGCAGCUGUCACAGCCCAGACGUCUAAGAUUCAGCGGCAAUACCAAGCUUUAUUGGAUCGAUCAACGCCGUACGUCCUGCAACGAUGGAUUGGCACGGGUGCAUUUCUAGGCAUCUUCUUUCUUCGCAUCGUCUUCGCGCAAGGCUGGUACAUCGUGGCAUAUGCUCUCGGAAUUUACCUCCUCAAUUUGUUCCUGGCUUUCCUGCAGCCCAAGUUCGACCCUUCCAACGAGCUCCUAGACAAUGAGAUGGAAGAUGGGACAGCCGGCGGCUUACCGACGAAGCAGGACGAGGAAUUCAGACCAUUUAUUCGACGACUACCCGAGUUUAAGUUCUGGCACGAGGCGACCCGUGCCAUCUCCAUCGCGUUCACCUGCAGCUGGUUCGAGAUCUUCGAUGUUCCUGUUUUCUGGCCUGUGCUAGUGAUGUACUGGAUCAUCCUCUUUUUCCUGACCAUGCGCAAGCAGAUUCAGCAUAUGAUUAAAUACCGAUAUGUGCCUUUCUCAUUCGGCAAGGCGAAGUACGGCAAGGCCAGUACUUCAUAAGCAUGGAUUUACGACGGAAUACGUGGACCAUAAAAAAGGAUUAAUCAGGGUAACGCCGGGGGGGAAAGGCCACUACUGAAAAGGGUCUAGGCUUUAAGGU